AUGUCGACCCCAAAUAGGAAAUCACGAUCAACGCGGCUUCCUGUCGAGUCAGACAAAGACCUUCCGAGUGCACCUUCACUUCACUGGGAUCAUCUUGGGGAUAUUAAAUCCUCCACGGCUGUUGCUGCCACCAUGAGAAUCAGCGUUUUGUCUUUCGGCGUAGCCGUGAUCUAUCUCGGUACGAUAGCAUCCACGUUAUCAGUUACCAGAGCACCGCCGCAGUUACCGGCCAAGAAACGUCCACACGGAUGCGAUUGCUACACAAUAUCCGGGCCCGAUCCGGGAUACUUCCAGCACUACAAGCUGUGGGACUUUCGGGCAGUGGAUUUGAAGAAACAUGCCAAUCUCAAUCUGUCAGACCCCAUUGAUUAUAGCGACGAGGACUGGGAUGAUGAUGAUGUUGAUGGCGAUGACCAAUACCCGCAAAAUGGCACCCUCUCUCCCGGAGUCCAUGAUGGAAAGGACCCGGACCUCAGAUCACUGGCAUUCUACAAAACCUCCUUCGAGAGAGACUGGAGCAGUCAGAACUGGGAACGCCGAGGCACCCCCGUGGCUCCGGUCCUCAUGAUAAAUUCGAAGCAUAACGUAUUUCUCACCCACGACCCUGACCAAGAUGGUUCUCAUGCGACGUUUCUUGUUCUGCGUACCACCCGCUUUUCAGAGUACACCUCCACCGCGGAGAUCGAGACUCGCAUACGAAAUAUCUUCCGGUGCUCGCUGCGUGUCAGGCUGCGUUUAUUGCCAGCUAGCUUCAUCGUAUCGCAACCCCCUCUGCAUAGAGAAUGGCCGCCGCGGGAUCCGAAGCGACAUCGCACCGCGCCCUUUAACAACGGGACGAUUCCGCUUCGUGGAAGCAGGCCAUCUGGCGGUGCUUGUGCUGGUAUCUUCACCUAUCAUGACUCGACCUGUGAAUCGGACAUUGAAAUUCUGACACGUGACCCGUCCCAUCGCGUGCACUAUGCCAAUCAGCCCGAUUACGAUUUUGCCGGUGAUCGUGAGAUCCCCGGGGCGAGUACCAUUGCCGAUGUACCUGUCCCAUGGACAACGUGGUCCACGCAUCGCCUAGACUGGCUCUCGGACAUGUCAAGGUGGUAUGUCAACAAUGAGAUGCAGGACGCCAAAUCGUACGGAGUUCCUGAGUUAGAGAGCAUGGUCAUUCUCAAUCUUUGGAGUAACGGCGGACUCUGGACGGGCGACAUGGGAAUUGGCGAUAGUAUAUACAUGGGCAUUGAAUACAUCGAGCUGAUUUACAACCGUUCUUCUGAUGCUUUCAGGGGCCCUUCCGUACCUUUUUCGCAGAACCAUGGCGGCCAUCAAAGGAUGCCUCUGCCUCCCGCAAAUGGUUCUGGCAAUGGGCAUCCAUUGGAGCCAGGCAAAAAGGACAAAAAGUGCCAGCCAGGUAGACAGGGCCGCGAAUGCAGAAGAAACAAGUGGAGAAACAGGCCUCUUCAUAAAUCUUGUCGGAGACCAUGCAACAUUGAUGAGCUUUAG